UUUUGGCUGCCGUCGCUGCUGCCACUGGGCAGAUACCGCAGUGAGGGGUCUGACUGCGCUGAGUGCUCUCAGGAGCCUGGGUCUGGCUAGGAAUGAGAAGUUGAAAGUGAGGGUUGGGAGGUGGGCAGGACUCACAUAGGAGCUGCAAACCAAAACAAGAAAUCUAGGGAGCAGAAGGAGAGAAAGAGCGAGCUGGAGCCAGGACCUCAGGCCAAGUGGAACUGGAGGAAAUGUCAUCAUUGGUAAAGGAGGACUUGGAGAAGAAACUAUUUAAGCCACUCUCGCAGAAUCUGUACGAGUUUAUUGAAAUAGAGUUCUCGGUCCAGGACAGGUAUUACCUCUGUGUGUCAGUGACCAAAACUGAAGAAGUAAAAAUAAUUAUGGUGAAACACUACAGAAUAGGUUUAGAUGAAAAAUAUGAAGUAACCAAAAAGUGGUCUUUGAACGAUCUGCGGAUGAUCGAUGGAAAAGAAGCAGAUACAGACAAUCCAUUUUUUGAUCUGCACUUCAAGAAAGUGUACACUUUGGAAGCAUAUAGUUGUGCUUCCAAAUAUGCCUUUGUUCGAACUGUAAACAAGCUGAAUCAUGCAUACCUUAAGAAGGACUUACGGAUCGUGAACUUUGAUUCUACUUACAUUAAUGAUGAUUCCAUUUGGUCCUCCAACAACAAGGAUUGCUUGGUCCUUAUGAGAAUAUGCUUUUAUGCUUUCAGUCUAGUGUGCUUUUCCCUGUGUCCCCUGCCACUCUGAAUAUGUAUACCAUGUUCCUUCAUCAGUGUUCUAUGAAAAUGGUUCCCUAAGUAAAUAUUGAUAGUCAUGAUUUUGUUUUUUCCCUUUAUCAGUGACUACUAUUCAUAUGAAAAUAAAGUGAUGCUUUGUGAAUUGCAGUGAAAUGUGUUUCGAUGCAUUCAUUCAAUAUUCUGGACUUUUGCCUAUGGUAACUUUGGAAGGAGUUGGAUGGUUUUGCCUAAACUAGUAUUCUACUAAGGGGUACCAAAAAUUACCUUGAAAGGUCUAAAUAAGUGGAAAUAGAUCCUGUUUUCACGGACAGGAAGAUUUAAUAUUGUCAAGAUGUCAGUACUACCCAAAGUGAUCUGCAGAUCAAUAUAAUCCCUAUCAAAAUUCCAAUGGCUUUUUUGGUAGGAAUGGAAAAGUCAAUAGUCAAAUGCAUAUGGAGCUGCAAGGGACCCCACAUAGACAAACGAUCUUGAAAAAGAAGUACAAAGUUGGAGGACUCACACCUCCCAAUUUCAAAACUUACUACAAAGGUAUAAUGAUCAAAGCAGUAUAGUACUGGCAUAAAGAUAGACAUACAGAUGAAUGGAAUAGAACUGAGAGUUCAGAAAUAAACUCAUACAUCUAUGGUCAACUGAUUUUUGGAAAGGAUGCCAAGUUCAUUCAAAGGAGAAAAAAUAAUCUCUUAUUAUUAGUGCUGGGACAACUGGAUAUCUACAUGCAAAAGAAAGAAACUGAACCCCUUUCUUACAGCAUACACAAAUAUCCUUAAAAUGGAUUAAAGGUGUGAAUGUAAAACCUGAAAGCAUUAAACUCCUAGAAGAAAACAUAGGGGUAAAUCUUCGGGACCUUAGAUUUGGCAAUGGAUUUUUAUGACAUCAAAAGGAAGAGCAACAAAAGAAAAAUUAGAUAAAUUGGACUUCAACAGUUACUUUUGCAUCAAAGAACAUUAUCAAGAAAGUGAAAAACAGACCUACAGAAUGAAAGAAAACAUUUGCAAAUUGUAUAUCUGAUAAAGGUUUAAUGUAAAGAACUCCUACAACUCAGUAACAAAAAGACAAACACCUAAUUCAAAGAUAGACAAGAAAUUUGAAUAGACAUCUCUGCAAAGUAUACAGUAAGCACAAGAAAAGAAACUCAGCAUCAUUACUCAUUAGGAAAAU